AUGAUUUCCUGUGUGAUCUGUGUCGGCUUAUUAGCAACGUCUAUUUUCUUGGGCAUCAAGUUCUUCCAGGUGUCCUCUCUUGUAAUGAAUCAUCAGGAAAAACUCAUGCAGCAGGACAGAGCCUUGCUGAACCUCACACAAUUGCAGAGAAAGCAAACUCUGCAGUUGGAAAACUGCCAAGCCUUGUUACAAAGAUCUCUCCAUUCAGGUAGUAACUGCAGUUCUUGUCCACACAACUGGAUUCAGAAUGGAAAAAAUUGUUACCAUGCCUUUGAACGUUGGGAAAUAUGGAGCAGCAGUAAGGAGAAUUGUUUAAAAGAGGGUGCUAAUCUUCUUCAAAUAGACAGCAAAGAAGAAAUGGAUUUUAUUAUCAACAGCAUGUGGAAGCUCAAAGGAGGAGAUGAAUACUGGGUGGGAGUAUUUCAGGAGAGACUCAGUGGUUCCUGGUUCUGGCAAGAUGGCUCCUCUCCUCUCUCUGACUUGUUGCCAACAGUGAGACAGCUAUCAGCCAUCCAGGUCUGUGGAUACCUCAAAGACCAUAGCCUCAUCUCAGAUGAGUGCAGCAGCUUGAAAUAUUUUAUCUGUGAGAAGAAUGUAUUUGGGUCCUGCAACUGAAAAAUACAACUCAAAGCCACCUCUGUGACACAAGUGUUUGAAAGAGGUCAAAGAGCAAAUAAAGGUGAAGAUUGGUAUGUGGCCUAUGAAGGCUAAUUUGCUUCAGAUUUACACUUGGCAAUAUUCUUCAAUGCUUUUCAUAUUUCCAUUGACUCUGCCCACGGUACCAAGGAGAAAAUUGAUUUAGAGCUACAUAAGACCUGAUUCAUUGAGAACAAAGAAGAGAAAAUGAUUUCCUGUCUGUUUAAAAGUCCAAAGUGACUAUGCAUACUACACAGAAAUCUAGUUGUCCUUAUGGGAGUUCUUGCAGUAAUCCCUGAUUUGUUUUUUAAUAAAGAAAUCUACCUACUAUACUCACAACUGACAGAAU